AUGGGCUUUGAGGAGCUGCUGGACAAGGUGGGUGGCUUUGGUCCCUUCCAGCUACGGAAUCUGGCACUACUGGCCCUGCCCCGAGUGCUGGUACCCAUGCAUUUUCUCUUGCCCAUCUUCAUGGCCUCGGUGCCUGCCCACCACUGUGCCCUGCCUGGUGCCCCUGCCCACCUCACUCACCAGGACUUGUGGCUGGAGGCCCAUCUAUCCCGGGAGACUGGUGGCAGCUUUAGCUCCUGCCUCCGCUUUGAGCACCCCCAGCCUCUCCCCAGUACCACCUUGGGGACAGGCACAGGGAAGCCCGAGGAUGAGCCCUCCCCAGUGCCCUGCUCUCAGGGCUGGGAGUACGACCACUCAGAAUUCUCCUCCACCAUUGCAACUGAGUGGGAUCUGUGUGAACAGAGAGGACUGAACAAAAUUACAUCCACCUGCUUCUUCAUCGGUGUGCUGCUGGGGGCUGUGGUGUACGGAUACUUGUCGGACAGGUGAGCUGUCAGACGGCUUCUACUGGUGACCUACGUGAGCUCCCUGGUGCUGAGCUUGGCAUCUGCAGCCUCAGUCAACUAUAUCAUGUUUGUCCUCACCCGCACCCUCACUGGCUUGGCCCUGGCUGGGUUCACCAUCAUUGUGUUGCCACUGGAGCUGGAGUGGCUGGAUGUGGAGCAUCGCAUCGUGGCUGGUGUCAUCAGCUCCAUCUUCUGGACAGGAGGUGUGCUGCUGCUGGCACUGGUUGGGUACCUGAUAUGGAGGUGGCUUCUGCUAGCUGUCACCCUGCCAUGUGUCCCAGGCGUCAUCAGCAUCUGGUGGGUACCUGAGUCUGCACGAUGGCUUCUAACCCAGGGCCGUGUGGAGGAGGCCCAGACAUACUUGUUCCGCUGUGCCACGCUCAAUGGGAAGCCUGUGGGUGAGGACAGCCUGAGCCAGGAGGCCCUGAACAAAGUGGUCACCAUGGAAGGGGAGCAGCAAAGACCCUCAUACCUAGACCUGUUCCGAACACCACAGCUCCGGCAUAUCUCACUGUGCUGUAUGUUGGUGUGGUUUGGAGUGAACUUUUCCUACUAUGGCCUGACUCUGGACGUGUCCGGGCUGGGGCUGAACGUGUACCAGGUGCAGCUGAAGUUCGGGGCUGUGGAACUGCCUGCCAAGAUCACAGUCUACUUCCUUGUGCGUCGCGUGGGACGCCGCCUCACGGAGGCUGGAAUGCUGCUGGGGGCCGCUCUGACCUUUGGCAUCAGCCUGCUGCUGUCCUCGGAGACCAAGUCCUGGAUCACUGCUCUCCUGUUGGUGUUGGGAAAAGUGUUUUCUGAAGCUGCUUUCACUACAGCCUACCUGUUCACGUCUGAGUUGUACCCUACUGUGCUCAGACAGACAGGAUUGGGGCUCACUGCACUCCUGGGCCAGCUAGGGGCCUCUUUGGCUCCACUGGCGGCCUUGCUGGAUGGAGUAUGGCUGAUGCUGCCCAAAUUUGCUUACAGGGGAAUCGCCCUGCUGGCUGCCUGCACUGCACUCCUGCUACCCGAGACAAAGGCAGUCCAGCUGCCAGAGACCAUCCAGGACGUGGAAAGAAAGAGGAAGAAGAUACGCAGAUCCGGAACUGAGUCAGACUAG